AUGGGCUGCCCCGCCAUGUCUGCUGUCGUUGUGCUGUCGUUCAAAUCCCAUCCUGCACGUGCAACAGGUUCAGAACUCAACCUUGAACUUGCCUUGAACCACGCAAGCAACCACGCAUCCACUGCAAUGUCUGUUGCUGCUCCGCAAAUCCCUGUACCUGCAGGUAUCGCUCGGGCUGAAAAUACCGGUGUCAUUGAUAGUCCACCCCAGCCACAUAAUCCUCCUACUCCCAAGGAUGUCGCUCUGGCAGUUCUGUUCGAGCAUGAUACCCUCGCGGCCUAUCGUAGUCGGACACUUACUCAGGACAAGUUCAUCAACGUCGUCCAGUACAAGAAUGCUGUCGUUGCGGCUGCCACUGAGAAUCCAGCAGGCCCCAACAACGCCCAGCCGCCGUGGUUUGCUCAGGCCAUGGCGACCGCUCUCCAGCCAUUGGAAGUCAGAAUGACAGCAUUCGGCAAUGAGCUCCAGACUGUCAAGGCGAACAUUGUUGAAAUGAAAGCUGACAUCGCCACGAUCAAGGUCGACCUGAAGGACGUGAAGGACCGUCAAGCACACAUGCAGAGAGCCGUAGCUUUGAUGCACAAUCGAACUGUGGGGCCGGGUAAUGCCACUCCGUUCCUUGAGGUCCCAUGGGCGAAUGGCACAUUCCCCUGGGGAUAUAUCCACCAUAAUAAUCCUCUUCCGCAACUGACUUCAGCCGAUGUAGUGCAUGCCCUAGGUCGGCGUGAGUCUCGCAGGUAUUUUGAGGGAUAUUACCCUGGCCAGGAAGUCCCCGAUGACCUCCCUGCUCGUGGGGCCGCCAUACUGGCAGCCAUUGGCUGUGCCCAGGAACAUGCAGAUCCUCCAGCAUGA